CCAUUGAACCAAACCAAGAAUGCGCCAGGUUGUCACUUGUUGUAAGGAAAACGAGAGAGAGAGAGGGGGGGGGGGGUAUAUUUCUGGUGACUGCAUUUUCUUUCAGCUUGGCCUGCCAUCCUGCGUUAGUUGAAUGUGCGAAAUCAACUGGCUGGAGAUAGAGACGUCUCAACGCAUUUCGCAUUUUCGCCAAUCACCCAGUUCCUUCCCAUUCUCAAGAGCUUUUCGAUCUGCUUUGUCCGGGUAGGGCGUUAGCAUACUCUGCAAUAUCUCUGAUCUUCAUCUCUUCAAUCUUUCGAAGACAACAAGGAAGGAGGAAGCAGGGAAAAUAUAGGGUGUCACAUACAUGGCCUCUGAGAGGGAAUACUUUGACCUCUCAGGACCCUUACAUCUAACUUCUGUUGACUGGAACAAUGCCAAUAAUCGGAUGACUGUUGCUGCUAGUUUGGUCCAAGGUGUUUACAUUCUGGAAAGGGAUCGACAAGAAAGACGUGAAGGUCCCAAUGCUCUUGCAUCUCCUUGGUGGGCAUUCUUUAACUUCAAGUUGUUACGUCCACUUGUGGAUGAUGUUGAUUCUUCCAUCUUUGGUGCGAUCUAUGAGUUCAGGCCUCAGUUGUCUCAGAGUAAUGACGUUUUUCAGAGAACAGUCCCUCGUUAUGUGAUUGCCUUUCGAGGUACUAUAACCAAGACAGACUCAGUUUCUCGUGACAUCGAAUUGGAUAUGCACAUAGUUCGAAAUGGACUUCAUCAGACCUCUCGUGCCGAGAUAGCUAUCCAAGCUGUUCGUAAUAUUGUUGCUGCUUCUGUGAGUGAUUCAAAUAUCUGGUUGGCUGGUCACUCUCUAGGAUCAGCCAUGGCAAUGCUUUGUGGCAAAACAAUGGCCAAGACUGGCAAGUUUCUUGAAUCGUUUCUUUUCAAUCCACCAUAUGUUGCUGCUCCAAUUGAGAGAAUUAAGGAUAAGAAAUUGAAACAUGGGAUUCGAUUUGCUGGCAGUGUGAUAACAGCUGGACUCACCAUUGCUAUGAAGGUUAAGCAGCCGAAGAAUUUGACUUUUGGUGAUCCAUUUGCUGCUUUGUCUGCCUGGGUCCCAUGUUUGUUUGUGAAUCCUUCUGAUCAUAUUUGCUCAGAGUACAUGGGAUAUUUUGAGCACAGAAGAAAAAUGCAAGAGAUUGGAGCUGGAGGCAUUGAAAGGUUAGCAUCUCAAAACUCUCUCACUCGUUUACUGAUGAGUGCAACUGGGAGGGAAUCAUCUGAACCCUUGCACCUAAUUCCUUCGGCAUCUUUGACGGUUAAUUUAACUCCUUCUGGGGAUUUUAAAGAAGCUCAUGGUAUUCAUCAAUGGUGGGGAUCCGAUUUGCAGCUGGAAUCCAAGCUUUACAAAUACUAGUUCUUAUAGGGUUAUGGUAAAUAUAUUGGCUGAAGAGGAACUGUAUUUUGGCGCCGAUUCUGGCUUUGCACGUGAAGAUUGAUAAGAUUGUCUUUGAAUUUGGGUGUUGUAUAGGAGAAGUGUUAAAUGGCAAGCUGGUUACUAGACGUGGAUGACUAUAAACUCUUUUCUUGAAUGAUAUUCUCCUUCAACA